AUGGCGCCGGCCUCGCCAUCAGCACAGCUGCCCUGGGAAGCCCGAGCCUCGGCCCCUGACGAGGAUGCCGCAGCGGGCGACGCCGGCCCCACGCCGCCGCUCGAGGCCUGGGUGCCUCUGCCAACCCCUGGAGGCGUCGCCACCCACGAGUCCCCCGUCACAAAGCGCUGGGCUAUGGUUGCUGAGAGCGCCGCCGAGAUUGUGCGCUUUGGCCGCGCUCUGCACGCGACGCCACCAGCGCGCUCGGCGGCGGCGCGGCGGCGGUGGCGCGCCGGCCUGGAGGGGGCCGCACAGGAUGGCGGCGGCGCUGGCAACUGGCGUGAGCGGUUGCGAGAAGCUUACGGGAAGCUGCUGUACCAAUACUACAACUGGCGCCAGGACACGGUGCAAGACCUGCAGCUGAUCGCGGCCGCCAACGUGGUGCUCGUGCUGGUCGGCACGGCGGCGCUUCACGCGCUCCUGGCCUGGGCCGGCGCAGGCUGGGAGGAUGCCCCUGAGGCCGGCAUGGGGGAUCCCCGCAACAUCUGGACGGACAACGCGUAUGAUGUCAUCGCCAUGGGCUUGGGCGCGGGAUUACCGACGCACGGCUCCACGUCGCUGGUGCAGGGCUUUGGGCUGCUUGCAGCGCUGGGCGGCCUGGUGUCCUUCGCCAUUCUGCUGGCUCUGAUCGUGCUCGAGGCCAACCGCCGCAACGUGGCGCGCGGCAGCCGGGUGUACGAGCUGGGCCACUACCUUGUUCUGGGGUGGUGCGCCAGCCAGCGGGACCUGGAGGUGGUGGCCAAGGUGGUGGAGCAGGUGUGCGCAGCAUACCGCAGCGAUGGCGGCACGACUGUGGUGGUGCUGACUCAGCGGCAGAAGCUGGAAAUGGAAGACCUCUUCAGGAGCCUCGUCCCGGAGCCGCUCCGCCACGGCACGCGGCUGGUGUUCCGCCAGGGCAGCCCCCUGGUGCCGGCCGACCUGCAGCUGGUGGCGGCGUCCAGGGCCGGGGCCACCAUCAUCGUGAGCGACCUCAGCCGCCCCGCUGACGAGGCGGACAGCCAGGUCAUCAGGUGCUCUGUCCUGUUGGACGAGCUGGACAACUACCGCGGCCUCAAGAGGCCGGGCACCAUGGGGCACGUGGUGGCGGAGGUGCGCACCGACGACGCCCUGGAGGUGCUGCGAUACAGCUGCUCGCGCCGCAUCAUCCCCCUGCCCACCGGCCACUUCAACGCGCGCGGGGUGUCGCGUAUGGUGAAGCGGCCCUUCCUUAAUUGGGUCCUGGCUCAGGAGUUCAACUUCGAGGCGCCCUCCACCAUAUAUGUCCACUCCUUCCCACAGCUCGUCGGCAGCAGAUUUGGUGACCUGGCGUUCCUGUUUCCUGACGGCGACGUGUACGGGGUGGUGCACCUGGAGACGGCUGAGGUGCAGCUCAACCCACCGCUGGACUACAUAAUCAUUAUCAGCCGCCCCACGUCCGUGUCCGCUGUCCACUACGCCCCCCUCCCCGCCGCGCUCACCCCAAACGACCCGGCCGCCGCCGCCAAGGCCGCGGCCAACGCCAGCUGGGCGUUCCUGGGUGGCGGCGGCGCUCUGCCGUCGCUCGCCAGCAUUGGGGCCUCUUUUGACGGCAGCAAUGGGGGCCACGACCCAUCGUGGGAUCCCCAGUGCAUGGGAGACUGGGCGAGCCCUUCCUCAUCCGGCACAGACGGCGGCGGUGGCAACGGCGCAGACGGUGCGGCGCCGGACAGCGAGCGGCGGGCGGAGGAGGCCGCGGAAGAGGAGGAGACGGGGGACGGCGGCUGCGGGUGCGGCAGCGGCGCGGGCGGCAAGCGGCGGCGGGCGGACGCUGGGAGAGCGCCUCGGGUGUCGAUGGCGAGGGUGCCGCGGGAGUACAUAGACCAGAGCGCCUACGACACCCCCCAGAAGCUGAUGCUCUGCGGCUGGGCGGGCGCGGAGUGCACGGCGUCGCUGCUGCUGGAGCUGGACCAGGGCAACUUCGCCCUCCCACACGGCAGCGAGGUGGUGAUGGUCAGCGUCUGCCCCCCCGAGCGCCUCAAGCGGCUGGUGCGGUCCCUGGACCUGCAGCGCGUCAGCGUUUCCCACGUCAGGCGCGACCCCCUGAAGCUGCGGGAGCUCAGGCACGUAGACAUGGCCAAGUUCAAGUGCGCGGUGGUGCUGUGCGACGAGCGCUGGAUUGACCCCGACGCGGCCUCUCAGCCUCAGGAGGAGGCCAACGGGGCGGGCCCUGCUGACGACUCCCUGAUCAUGCACCGGCUGGACUCACUCGUGAUGCAGACCACGCUCAACAUCCGCAAGGCCCUGGUGGACAAGGGGCUGUCCCCCAUCAACAUCAUCACGCAAAAAAUGUCCUCGCUGGGCGAGACCCGUUUCGACGACCUCACGCGCAUGCCCCUGGGCGUCUCUAUGAACUUCCCGUCUUUUGCCGCGCGCGCCCUGGCCUAUGUCGCCUACAACCCGACCGCGCUGCUGCUGCACCUGCGGCUGGGGGAGACCACCGCGGGGGCGAUGCUGCGGACCAUCGUGGACGCGUCAGAGUACUCGGCCGAGGGGGAGCGCGUGAGCUACCUGGCGCUGAUGGGGCGCGCCCAGCAGCAGGGGCACCUGCUGUGCGGGUACUACCAGCUGCCCCAGACCUUUGACCAGCGCAUCAGGACCAACAUGGACACGGAUGCGGCUGAGCGGGCGCGCGAGCGCGUGUGGAACCAUGGUGACGGGCGCCUCAAGUUCAUUGUCCUCCGGAAAAUGCAUGGCUAA